UCCUGACGCCGAGAGCGGGCUGCCCGGCGCCCAAUGACCUCCUCUCUGCUCGGUUUUUGUUUAGCUUAGCAACCGCCGCUCCCUCCCUCGGCAGGCGCCUGGGUAGGCAGAAAGACAGGCCUAGGGGACCCGGGCGGCUGGCUGGCUCCUUCUCGCUUUCCUCCAUCCCUCUUCGGCCCAGACCCCCAGGAGGGAAGCCCCGCGCUGGCAAAGAGAAGGCGAAAGAGGCGCCCCAACCCCGGCGCAUCCGUCCUUGCCUCUGCGCCUACCGAAGCCCGUCUUCGCGCCGAGAAGCGGGGGCACCAUGAAGGUGGCGGUCCUCGACCUGGGUACCGUGUUCGCGAAACUCUUCAAGCCCGCCGCCUCUUCCUCCUCGUCCCCCCCUUACUCGCCCGCCCCCGGCGCCUCUCCGCCUAAGGCGCAGCCUCUCCUCCCUGCCUCGGCGUCCCCGCUGGGCGCCCCGUCUUUGCCCGUCCGCCACGCUGCCCUGGCCUCCGCAGGGGGGUCCUCUGUCCUAAGCGCAGCAGCGGCAGCUCGGGCGUUUCCCGGCGGCAGCGGAGUCGGGGCCGCGGCGGCGAAACCUCUUGCGGGUGGCAGCUGCGCCAGCGGCGGCAGCUCCCCGCGCUCGGCGGUCGGUUCCUCGGCCAGAGAACCCGCGGCUUGGGCUGCGCCCGCGAGCAAACCGCUGCUUUUCGUCACUCUGCCCGACAUCGGCGAGGAGGGCGCGCCGGACGCAGACCCCCAGGAAGAAGCUGCUGUGCCCAGAAAAGGACUGUCAAAAGGACUUGCAGACCAUCACUUCCAAGUGAAGACUGAAUAUUGCCUUCCAGCACCUUUUACAAAAAGUGUACAAGAAGCAAUUGACAACUAUUCCUUUGUUUCUGUUUCAUCACUUUCACCUGGCGGACAAACAACGCCCACAGAUUUGAAUAACUCUUGGUCAGGGAUACAGAGCUGUACCACUGAUCCAUCUACUGAAAGAAGUUCUGUUUACUCUUGGGGAGAUGAUGAGUUUGAUAAAGUGAAUACCCAGAGAGUGCAUCAGUUGUUUUGGGAUGUGGAUGAAAUGCUGUUUGAAGGAAAAGUGAGCUCCCAAACUGAGAAUCUAAAGACAGAAUGCAAAGACUGGACAAAUAGAUCACUUCACUUAAGGAUUUUGGGAAAACAACUUCUUUUUCCAAAAGAUGAGGGUUUUCAGCAUUACCAGAGCACAAAUGCUAGUUCUGUGUAUUCAAAAUCUCUACCUAGUUUGAGUGAAAUCACCACCAGUAUGAAAGAGUUAUGCAUCUCUGGAUCAAAACUGGUCCCUGCAGCUUUUCCAGUGCACAGAGCAUUCAGCUCUGAAUUACCAGGGAUUUCUUUAUCUGAAUCAUCUGGAUAUUCAUUCUUGGAGGAAGAAAUUUAUGAUGCAGAAGGAAAAAUGGAAGAAUAUCUUGCAUAUGACAAGAAGGAACUUGAUGAUGAGAGUUUGGAGCAAAGGAAUUCUCAACUUGCCCCAAAACAGAUUAAACACGGUAUUCCUCCUGUUUCUCCCAAUUCCUGUAUCAAAGAAGCUGUGGCUGCUGAGGUGUUUGAUCAUAUCUGGAAGAAUGUAAUUAAAAUAUUAGAAGAAUUAAUAAGAAAAUACUGGGAAUCAUCUAUUACAGAAAAUGAGAAACAGUUGGAGAAGUCGAAAGUUACUGGAAAUAAGUUAUCACAUAUUCCAGCCACUCGUGCUAUGGUGGACACAUCAAGUGUUCCCCCGUCCAGAGGGUCAGACGUUCGAUGCAUGUCUGUUGGCCUGCAUUUGGGCCUAUCCCAGGUCCACCGUUUCUCCAGCAGUUCACAUGGCAAUUUAAAUGGUGUCAUGACAAUUCAAGCUAAACCACUGCAACAGAGACCCUCAGCCUUGAUUGAAAAACAUGAACAAGAAGACAAGCCACAAGGUAUCGGCUCCAGUAUUAAUUCAGCAAGGAAUCGAGUGGGCCGAAUGACUGACAGCAAUGUCUUCUCAUUAUCUCGAGUGCUGCCUGGAUCUUCUAAGAAAACAGUGGGCCAUCAUAGGUUACCAUCAAUAGCCUCAGAACAACUACGCUUAAAGACUCCCAACGUUUACAGUGAUGAGGUCCUGCGAGGAACUAAAUUAUGUACUGCCUUAGAUCGUUUGUCAUCUCCGUUUACACCAGCUGUCCGGAACAAGUUGCCACCCAUAAAUCCAGACACCAUUGAUCAAUAUCUUUCAGUUCCUGGAUUACGGCUAAGCUUUCACAGAGGAAGACAUCUUCACAGCAGAAUAUCCAGUGCGGUGCCUGAUGGUCUGGAACGACGACCUCUUAGAGAGAGAACUGUCCUAAUAGAUCAGUUUUCAAGGCCCAACACAACUCAUACAUUCCGGUCAGAUACACCUCAUAAAAGGUCACUGAUUUCUAUGGGUCUUGCUAAUCAGUUGUGGACAGGCCAAGGGGUAGUAACAGGUUCACAGUUCCAUGCCAGAUCAUUCCAGAAAAAUCCAUCUCUCUCUAGGAGAAGAUUUCAAGUUGCCUGACAACAUUUAGGAGGAAGAGGAGGAUAAAAAAUGAUUGGCACUCAGUCAGAAUCCUCAAUAGUUCAGCAAUCCUUAGGAAUACUGAAAUGUUGUCUCUGAAUGUUCAGUAUCUGUGCACGUUGCCUGAAUGUGGAGUGCCAUUUGGUUUCUAAAAGUAUAAAUUUCUACUAAAUUUAAUAGGAAAGUGUCCUUCAUGUUCUUAUUUUCUUCAGUGGACCAUAUGCAAUUCACAGUUAUAGCUGAGGCAAAUUAUGUAUAGUCCCCAGGCUUCAUUUUGUGACUCUCAGAGCACCUUUGAAACUACCAAUUGUUGGUGGCAUGGUCUUUUGUUUUCUUCUGAAUUUUAAAUGUCUCCAACCUUUCUUCCCUGAAAGAACUGAACAUUUUUGUAUCCCUCAGCACUGUAUUUCUUAAAGCCUUCAGAUAUAAAACAAAACACAUCUUUUUGAAAACAAAGAACAAAACAAAAUGUGACCCUCACCACUAAAUAUUGUCCAGCCCUAAUACAAAGAAUCCUUAGCUAAAAUUUAGCUUGUUUCUGCAGAAAAAAAACCCUGAUACAGAAAGGUUUCAGGGUUGCAUAGCUCCCUUAUUCCAAAAGCCCCUGGAACAUGCUUGUGGGGCCUUUUAAACAUUGUUCUAGACUCAAAGAUUAGAGAAAAUAUAGCUAAAUUUUGAAAAGCACUUGAAGUUACACACACACACUGAGAGCACACCUCAGCAAGAAUAAAAAUAAAACCCAAACUCAAUAUAUUAAUAUAACUCUGUUGUGUAUAUCCUUAGACAAGCAGAUUGAUACCUUUGUAACCAAGCACAUUUUGU